CCCGCUCAACUGUACAGUGUCCACGAAAUGCACCUAAACUAAUUUUUAAAUUAAAAAAUCAAUUAAAAUGGUUAAAACAAGGGCUAGGGCUGCGCCGUGCGUUUUACCUGUGGGGGCGAGCAGUGAGAGAAGAUCCGGAAAAACCUCGCCGAAGGAUGCAGGUGGAGGAAUUUCGUCAGCCCCACCAAAGCCGCCGAGUCGCCUUCGAAAAUGCGUAGUUAAAAUAAAGCGCUUGAAAUUUCUAGAAUGCCCCGUAUCAGGGGAAGUCUAUCUUGAUGAUAGCGCAUUUGAGCCUGCUCGCAACUCCACGAUGUGUGCUCCCAAGACGAGGGGUUCAAAACCGAAGCCUUCAGCCACCGUGCCAAAGGUGUCGUCGGGCCCCAAACAAAUAAAGAAAAAAAGCCCCACCAAACCGGAGAAUUCGACAAUAAAAAAGACUCGCUUCUUUCACAGAGAUCUGCCGCCAACGAGAUCCAGGUCCUCUGUAACCCGCAAUGUUUACGAGUUUCUCUCGCAGUCCCAGAUCGAAGAUGAUAAUACUAGGGAGGAUCCGGCCGCGGACAUAAUCCAGCGCCUAGUGGAGAAUGGCAAGGCCUGCGUGAUGGUCCCCUCUAAGAUGGGUGGAAAACUAAUUAAAAGGCGGCUAAAGGGAAAGCGGAAACAAUGCUCUCUAGAAAAUCUGGCUGGAAAAACUGCCAACACUAAAGCCAAGAAACCCAGACCGUUGAGGCAGCGGGAAGCUGCACGUGCCCUGUCGCCCAUUUAUGAGCCCGAGGAUGAUUUCAGUAAUAAUGCGGAUGAAGUCUUCACUGAGCCCAUUCAAGUAGCCGUUCAGGUUCAUGCGCCACCGGAACCUUCAGUCCAGAGUAAUACUUCUAAGCAUACCAGCGAUGGGGCCUACAGCCAUUUGGCUCGUUCUGUGCUGUUAAAUCAGACCAAGGCUCAAGAUGAGAAAACAUCGUCAAGUAGGCGUCGCGACUUGCUGAACAUGGCUCGCCAGUUUAUCAGCACGCCGCUGAAUCGCAAGGCUGUUACGGCACCCGAAGCCAAUUCAACGACCCAUGUCAUAUCCCCAAUACCGCGUCUUCCGCCAAAUUCAACAGCGAGUCCGGGAGGAGGUGCUUCCCCUUGGCGCGUUUCCGACCAGUCAGCAAUGCCAAAUACAUUCAUGUUUGGCUUUAAUACCUCCAAUCUGCCAUCAUACUCAAGUGACCAUGCGCAACGACCGCGCCACGUCUAUGUGCCGGACACACAAGGACAGGAAGAAGACGCGGCCCCUGUGAUAGAGGAGAAUAGCUUCUGCAACACCUUACACGACCCUAGCCCCACUGCGGACGACUCUAAUCAGGAGAAUAUGCCGCCACCCCCGGCCAGCCAAACACUAGUACCCAAUGAACAGGAGAACGCGGAGAAUUCGGAGGAUGCUGAGAACUUUGUCCACUUGCCAAAUCCCAGGAAGAGUAUGCAGAAGCGCAGGCCCUUCCAAGACAUAAACAUUUUGGAAGUGGUGGUUCUGCCGUCAUGGAAAAAGAAUGUGCAAGCCACUCCCUCGAAAGGAAACAGUUCACCCAAUGUGGCCACUGCAUCGCCCAUUCCACAGCGCAGUCAGACGCGAGCGAAUCUAUUCGGAUAUGACGAGAUUUUGCCAUGUGAAGAUCGACCGACGAAUCCCACUGAACCGCCCGUGUCCAGCUCCCGAAAUCUCUUUGGCUUUGAGGAAUUUCUUACAGAGAACGAAGUAGUGACAGCACCCACAUCAACCUUGACUCAAAACGAAAGUUUGCAUGAUAAGCUUCACCGACUGGGAGAUCUGCGGCCCAUGGACAUUGAGCUGCCAAAGUCAUCCUCCGAUUCGCCGCGACACGAUUGCUUUGGGGAGGUGCCACUAUGUCAGCCGGAUAUCAGGCAAGUUAUGUGCUCCACGAUGAUACAACACCAACAGCCACCGAGAAGAAAACCUGCACUGGCUGCAGACGAAACAAUUGGAUUGUUUAGGGAUGAAGCUGAACUGGAGACAACAUUUGACAAAAAGAAACCCAGGCGAACUUAUGUGAAGGAGCGACCCAAACGUAAGCGAAAGCAGCGAGUGCAUGUGUUGUACAUCGACACCGAUUCGUCUGAGGAUGAGUGCGAGCAGGACUUGCAGGAUAGCAGCAUCGAAUCUCCGCAGAAGAAACAGCAAUUGAAACGACCACGCAAGGAUGCCCAGCAUGAGGCUAAAUUGCAGGAAUUUAUUACCAGUUUCAACAAGGAGUGCGAAGAAGUUGAGAAAUUUUCUAUGAUAAUUGAAUAAUCGCAUCACCCAAUGUUUAA